UGUGUGUGUGUGUGAGAGAGAGAGAGAGAGAGAGAGAGAGACAAGAGACAAUAAGGAGAAGGAACCUUACCUAAGCUAGAUCUGAAAAACCCAAAAAAAAAAAAAAAAAAAAAAACUAAAACCAAAAACCGAAAACCCUUUUUAAGAUUUUCAUCAAUCAAAAAACACAACACAACACAACACAAGUUUCAAGUUUGUUUCAGAAUUUCAAUGCUCUGUUCUGUUCUGUUCUGUUUCUGAGUUCUGAGUUCUGAACUGACUAAAUACUACUGCUACUGAACCUUAAAAAAAGAAUCACAAUAUUUACGGAAAAUGCCACGCCCUUAUUUCCACAAGCUGAUUCUCUCCACCACAAUCCAAUCCAAGCAACUGAGGAUACCAGAAAAGUUUGUCAUGAAAGUUAGGGAUGACCUUUCUCCUGUUGUUACACUCUCUGUUCCUGAUGGUCAUGUUUGGCAAGUAGGAUUGAAGAAAGUCGACAAUAGUGCUUGGUUUCACAACGGUUGGCAAGACUUUGUUGAGCAUUACUCCAUCCGUGUUGGGUACUUUCUAGUAUUCCGAUAUGAAGGGAAUUCGAGCUUCUUUGUUCAUAUAUUUAACUUAGCGAAUUCUGAGGUCAACUAUCAAAACAAUACUCCCGGUGGCCCUCAAGGGAUCAGUUAUGCCAGUCAUUAUCGUGUAUUUGAAGAAAUGGAAGAUGAUGACUUUGCAGAAAUCUUGGGUUCCACACCGACUACUGAGUCUUUGAAAAACAAGCUUUUUGGUGAACGUGGAGAUCUACUGACACCUAACAAAAGUUACAAUCCUCCAUCACUGCAGAAUUUGUUCAAUGGCUCUAAACUUAAAAACUGCUUGAAUUGGACUGGGGAUGGGAACAUGCAUCCAUCAAAGGGUGUUGAUAAAUCCUCAUCAGAAAGUCAUCAUACUCGGGAGAUAGGUGUUCAAUUUAAUGCAACUGAGCUUAAAAGGUCUUUAGAUGAAGUGAAAUUGCAAAGUGCAGAUCAAGAAAUUCAAAAACUUAAAAAAACUAUGAGAAAAAAGCGAAAAAAUGAUCCUAAUGAGCAGGAGUCAUCAGCUCGACACGAAGAGGAAGUAGAUAUGAGGUUCAGAUUUUACGAAAGUGCUUCUGCAAGAAAGAGAACAGUGACAGCAGAGGAACGAGAAAGGGCUAUUAAUGCGGCUAAAGCAUUUGAGCCAACCAAUCCUUUCUGCAGGGUUGUCCUACGGCCAUCUUAUUUAUAUAGGGGGUGUAUAAUGUAUCUCCCAUCAUGCUUUGCUGAAAAGAAUCUAAGUGGGGUAUCAGGAUUUAUCAAACUUCAGACUUCUGAGGGGAGACAGUGGCCUGUCCGGUGCCUUUAUAGAGGAGGCAGAGCAAAGUUAAGUCAGGGAUGGUAUGAAUUUUCACUGGAGAAUAAUUUGGGGGAAGGAGAUGUUUGUGUCUUUGAGCUGUUGAAGAUGAGGGAAAUUGUGCUGAAGGUUACCACAUAUCGUGUCCUUGAUGAUAAUGGGCUGGUGGUGAACCAACCAUUAAUGCAACAUGUCAACCACUUAAAACUAAUUAGAAAUUACCAUAUUCUUGAGCAGAAUUUUGUGAAGCAUUUGCCUUGCAUUGCAUUGCAUGACAUGUAUGAAUUCAUCAAUCUGUUGGUGUUGGACUGGGAAAUGUUGCUGCACCCUUUGUGUUUCUGUGGUCAAUUCCAGGCUGACAAGUGGUCUAUAAAUCUAGCCAACAGGAUCCCAAAUAAGUUUGUUAGAAAAUUUGGAGAUGAACUCUCUAGUGUUGCUACACUUUCUGUUCCCAGUGGUCGUGACUGGCUUGUGGAACUAAGGAAAGCUGGCCAGAAGUUGUGGUUUCAUGACGGCUGGCAUGAAUUUGUAAAGCACCACUGCAUUCAUGCUGGAAAUCUUUUGAUCUUUCGAUAUGAAGGGAAUUCAAACUUUGAUAUUUAUAUGUUCAAUUUGACAGCUUGUGAAUCAUGUAAUAUUCCAAGUUGUUCUGAAGAACCCAAUCAUGUCAAGCAAUGUCCAGUGUCUCUUGGAAAAGUAGCAGAUAAUGCCUCAAUUGAAAUCUUGGGUGCAGAAGAACCCAGCCAUGGCAAGCACCAUCCAGUGCUGCAUGGAAAAGAAAUAGAAGAUGAUGAUUCAAUUGAAUUCUUGGGUUCUUUCCCUCCACGCCCAACUUCUAUGCCUUGGAGAAACAAUGUUUCUAAUGAACAUGUAGAUCAACAGAAACCCUAUAAAAGCUGCAUUAGGACUGCAUUAAAGAACUUAAUGCAUAGCCCUGAUGGGGAUAACAUUCAUUUAGCAAAGGAUGCAGAUACCUUAAAAGAAAAAGUUCGAUCUACUAGAGAAAUAGGCAUCCAGUUCAAUGAGAGCGAGCUUACCAGGACUGCAGGUGAAGUUGGAUCAGGUUACUGGGAUGAAGCACGACAAAGUGCCAAAAGAAGAAAGCAAAGUACUGAACCUACAGAAUUUAAUGUGGAAGUGGGAAUACCUGGGGCAAAAGUUUCAAUAGCUGUAGCUGAAAAAAGAGGGAGGGCAAUUCGUGCAGCGCUAAGGUUCACCCCUGGUAAUCCUUUUUGCAGGGUUAUUAUGAAACCAUCCUAUAUACACAAGGGAUAUCUUUUGCAUAUUCCAUCCAGCUUUGCUCAGAACUAUCUGAACAGGUCGGGAUCAAUUGUGCUUCAAAUUUCUGAUGGGCCAUGGUGGCUUGUCCGAUGUAUUAAUGAGGGUAAUGGAGCUAAACUGAGCCAAGGAUGGCGUGAGUUUGUGUUGGAUAAUUGUUUGGAGGAGGGAGAUGUUUGUGUAUUUGAGCUGAUCAGUAAGGAGGAAAUCAUGCUGAAACUGAAAGUGACCAUAUUUCGGGUUCUUGAAGACACAGGUCCAGGAAAUCAACCUUGAGAGAAGAGAAGCCAAUCUGAACUAAUUAUAAUCUU